GCGACAACAUUCGCCAUCGCGAUAACAUUCGCCAUCCCGAACCCGCCGUUUCCGAGCAACAACCACAACAUUUCAUACUCUUUUCACGACAUUGUACCAGCAUAGAUACUUCAAUACUCACUUUUUAAUCGACCAUAUACACUCCGACGCCCGUCGCAACUCGCCCGUCGCUUCCGCGUCUCCUCAUUUCGUCGCAUAGGCAUACGUCAGCUUUGCGACACGGCUCCGAUUGCGCCCAACGCCACGUCGCACCACACUGGACCCUACCAACCCAUGCCCUAGAGUCCGAACAUCAUAGCGACAACAGGCGCACAGGCGUCGCUGCUAGACAGCGACGACACGGCGAGCAACAGGCACGCAGACGGGACCCCUUUUGCGCCCGGACGUCACAAUCAGCGCAUGCGAAUGUUCCGCUUCUCUUCGUGGAUCUCGGAAUCCAGGGGAGGCGACGAGACGGUCCAUGGACACAACAAACUCGCCGGUAUGGAACAGCCGCUCGACGACGCUCGCGACUACUCGGUGCAGCCCGUCGGCGCGACGAAGCGCAAGCUGGGCAAUCGCGACGCGCCACCGCUCAGCGUGAGCGCGUGCGCCGCGGCGGCGAAGCGCAAGAAGGAGUGCGACAUGGGCGCGGGGCUGAGCGCACCGCAGGCUGGGAAGAUGGAGGCGACGACCGUGCCGAAUAGGUCGAAACCGGGCGCGUUGGCGAGGAUGCGCGAGGUCAUCGAUCACCAGCUCAGUCUUGAGGUGCUCAUGAAGCACGACGAGCUGCGCCGCAUCGACCAGGAACUUGCGAAGGCGACGGUGGCGCUGGAUCAGUUGCGCCGUUGCCACCUCAUACCUUUCCCUGUGUCGCUGGGGAGCCCGGAGGCCAUGUUGACUGUCAGCACUGGGACCGGCCCAUCGAUACCUCAGGCGCGUCGCACGCAACCGCGCAUGGCGGCGCCAUUUGGCGUGACGGAGGGACCGUAUAGCAGGCAUUACGCCAGCUGGCUCAUCCCAGACCCGGGGUUCGACGGUGUGCAGACAGGUUGGGGCAUGCUGCCUGGCGCAGCUGCAGGAAACAACACGGUACCGGGUCGUACGACGAGGAAUAGUCUGGCUCUUGAGAUGCCAGCCGCGAAACCGCGCCGUGGCGCUGCGUCGAGCAAGAAGCUUCAGGCGCUACCGAGCGGGUAUCCGCCACCCAAGGAGACAGCGGGACCACUCGUGCUCAAGCGCGCUGACGGCCAAUGGGUCAAGCUCGUGUGUCUCGUGUGUCAACGCGAGAACUUCGGUAGCACACAAGGAUUCAUCAAUCACUGCCGCAUCGCGCAUCACCGCGAGUUCAAGUCCCACGAGGAAGCCGCCUCGCAAAGCGGGCAACCCGUCGAAGUCGACAGCGUCACCGGCGGCAUCGUCGGUGGUGAAUCGAAACCCGCGGCUCCCACUACCACCACCCCCACCGGCUCAAGCACGCUCGUGCACCCGCUCAUCCGCUCUGCACCUUACGAUCGCCAGACUGUCAACACGCUACUCGAGCGCAUCAGCGAGGGAACGCGAAUGUUCUACGAGGGGAAGCUACCCGGUAUCACUGCCAUCCCUAGCGUCAAACCCGCUGCGCCUUCGCGUAAACGCUCAGAGCCGCAUGAUGGGUUCGUGCCCUCUGACUCUGCGCCCUGUCUCUCGCGCUUGCUUCAUAGACGAGGGUUCGGGCAGAACCUGGAUCAGCUUGUUGAGGAUGCUAAGACGCCGUCGAAACGCAGACGUGUGGUUGGGACUGAUGGGGUUAGCGAUUCAGCUUCGGACUCGGACUCGGAGUUCGAGGUUGAUGCUGUUGAACUUGUUGUGCUGCCAGAAGAUGCUCCCGUCAAUAGCCAGGUCGGUGCUGCUGUUGCUGACACCGCCGCUGCGCUGGCAUGCACGCCACAGCCACAACGACAUGCACCGAUCCUACCGCCUGGGUUUGCGAGACCGGGUAGUAGCAAGGGACCUUCCACAACGCUUCGCAGACCUGGGAUGAUGCCGUCGAAUCUGUACGCCACCCCCGGCAGCCCACCCACACCCGCCUCACAACUCCUCCGUCUCCCACUCAUGGGGCCAUACGGCACCAUCUCAGCCUCCUCCGACGACGCAGACGUCGACGUAGACGCCGCAAACCUCUCACCCGCCACGGCGUCGAACAAGGCACCGUCCCUCAUCUCGGAUGAUGGGGAGUACAGCUAUGUGGAGGAUGGGGAGAGCAGUGGGGCGGAGGAGAGUGUGGAGGGUGGGGAUGGGGAGGAGGGGGAGGAGGUGGAGAUUGAGGAGGUUGAGGAGGGGGGUGGCAUGGUGAGGACGGGGAAGGGAGAGGUGGGCUUUGUGAGGGCUGUUAAGGGGGGGAAGUAGGCAGGCUGCUGUCUGACUUUCGUGUACUCUCUCGCUCGACCAUUUUAUGAGGAGAGAGAUGGAGUGUGGCCAUUACCCGCACUCUUGUUCUACGCCACUCUCUGGCAUUCUUUUUGUUUUACACUACUACUCUAUUUUAGUCUUGGGAAGGGGAGGGGAAGUUCUGUUUUUCUGUUGUUCAAACAUUCUCAGACACGACACACAACCCGAGUUGUUGGGUUAGUUGGCGGGUUUGAUAGGGUGGCUGGGUGGUGGAGGGAUGGAUGGGAUGGGAUGGGAUGGAUGGCGUCUAGCGGCUUAGCAUGCAUUGUUUGGUCGUUUUCGCGAUCUUUUUUUUUGGGG